UUUCCUUCCCAAACUACAAGUACGGACUUCCAAAUUUUUUCUGUCUGAAUUCCAAAACUUUCUGAUAACUUCACUUUAGCCGGAAAAACUUCUUCCGAUCCACACCCAUUUCGCGGCACAACAAUGGAACCACAGUAUAAUCCUAACCGGCAGCAGCAUCAGAGAACCUUCGCCGGCGCCGGCGCCACCGGCGGAGGAUCUUUACAUAUGGAAACUCCAAGACAUCAACCGACUACAACACAAUUACAGUCGCAACACUCCGAUAAGGACCGAACAAGCAAUGAACUUCGAGCAUUGGAUUGUAACCUUACAUCCCUUUGUGAUCAUAUUCAAUUAGAAGGCUUCAAUAAUGGCUCAUUUUCUGAUGUCAUUGUUCAAGCUAUGGGUUCUACUUAUCACCUUCAUCGCUUAAUCCUUUCACGCAGUUCCUAUUUCAGGAAUAUGCUUCAGGGACCAUGGAAAGAAGCCAAAGCUCCAGUUUUAACCUUGACAGUUGAUGAUAGCAAUGUUAACGGGGAGGCUAUUGCAAUAGCUUUAGCAUAUCUAUAUGGACACCAUCCAAAGCUUAACGAUAAUAAUGCAUUCCGUGUUCUUGCUGCUGCAUCCUUUCUUGAUCUUCAGGAUUUAUGUGCAAUAUGCACAGACUUUAUCAUAUCCGAGUUGUGGACGUCAAAUUUCUUAACAUACCAGGUGUUCGCAGAACGCCAAGAUUAUGGCAUACAUGGUGAACGAGUGAGAAAUGCUUGUUGGGGAUACCUUUGUCAAAGUGGUGCCGUGGAGUUGAAAGAGGUCCUUCCGAAGCUCUCUGCUCCAACGCUAAAUGCACUACUGACCUCAGACGAGUUAUGGGUCCCUACCGAAAAGAAACGGUUUGAACUAGCUUUAUAUACACUUCUUGCAAAAAAUGCUUUUUGCAAGGCAGAACAUCAUGAAGAAGAAAAUCCUAGUUCUGGAGUUGGAACAAGUACAGUUUCUGAUAUUCCCAGAAUAGCGCCAAAGAAUUUAACUGAUUACAGAAGGGUGGAAUCUGAACUAGGACACCUAAGCUUAAUAGAUGGAGUUGAUGGUUGUAAUACAUCUCAAAAUAUCUUGGUUGAGCUUGCAGAUUGUGGUGUUGAUUCGCUCACUGAGGUAACUAACUCUAAACAAAAGAUGCAAGAAUCAGCAUGUCUUCAGUCAGACUCGGAGUCAAGAUACCCAUGCAGCAGUGGACAUCCUUCAUCAAAUAACUCGUUCUUAUUCACUGAUGACGUCAGGUCUUCAUGUUCUUAUAUUGAAAUGCCCAUUAAUGCUGGAGCUAGUGGAUUAGGGGGCAAUGGUAUGGCUGUGGAAGGGCCAUCUGAAGAAGAUUCAUGCUAUCAAUUGAAUAACAACAGUUGGCUUUGUGGGGAUCAGAGGAACUUCUCUUCAAUGGGCUCAUCCUGUAAUUUGAUGAUACCAAAUGAAUGGGAAAGAUGCAAUUUCACUCCUCUAUCUUGGGGUGGUAGAACUGUGGGCCGGAGAGAAGUCAAAACUUGUCUAAAGGCACAUUCCGGAGUAAGUAGAGAAGAUUACGAUGCCUUUGCGAACGUUUUCGAGGGUGGCUCACUUUUAUAUUGUAACAUGUCAUUUGAUGCACUUCUUAGUGUGAGAAAACAACUUGAAGAAAUGGGGUUUCCUUGCAAAGCUGUGAACGACGGGUUAUGGCUGCAGAUUCUCUUAAGUCAACGGGUGCAAGAAAUUGGUGCUGACACUUGCAAAAAUUGCUGUCUUGUGAGUAUGGAAUGUGCUUGUCGGCAGCCAUUUGGACAUUCACGUGGAACUACUGGAUAUUACAUGCCAGAGCAUGAUCAGAGUAAUCAAUCCAACAAUAUAGGAAAUAUGUAUGUCACUGACUCGCCUCACAGGGAAGGAAGUGGCAUGUUUAGGCCUGUUCGUGUUCAUGUUCGGGGCCCCAUUGAUGGGCUAGCCGGUAUUGGGCGUGGAACUACAUUUGUACCUGCAGUCGCUUGGCCUCCAACUCGUUUUGUUUUCUCUCGUGUACCACUUGGUAUGGGCAACCGGAACUGUCAGCAGUCUCCUGCCAAUGAUGACUCAGAAAAUAGAGCAGAACAGAGCGGGGAUCUUGCUGGAGAUGGAUUAACUGCUUUGGUUGGGCUUAGCCAAGAAGGAAGCAGUAGUGCUAAUAUUCAUGUUGAACGGGUAGAAAGGGGAUAUGAGACAGAACCGCAGAACAGACUAGUAGGAUCACCAACUGUUGGCCCAAGUUCAAGCAGUAUUUCCCCCCAGAUGCUAGACUCGUCUGGACAUGCAAUGGGAAUAGAGUGGGAGAAUGGAAAUACUUCUAUAUCAUUGGAUAUGAAAACACCUUUAAGUCACUUUCCUCCCUUUCGGUUUGGGGUUGAGUUUCACGAUGUUCUUAGGCUUAUUGAUGGCCAAGUCAAACACUCUCCUGAAUUCUUUUAUGCUGGUUCCUUAUGGAAGGUUAGUGUACAGGCUUUCAGUGAUGAAGACCCUCAGGGACGCCGAACACUUGGGCUAUUUCUUCAUCGAAGGAAGGCAGAAAUAGCUGAUCCAGUUAGAAAGGUGCAAAUGUAUGUCGAUUCCCGUGAAAAGGUUACUUCUAGAUAUCAGUUGAUAUGUCCAUCAAAGAGAGAAGUGAUGGUGUUAGGAAGCUUCAAACAAACUGGAACACUUCUCCCAAAAGCUCCCAAAGGAUGGGGCUGGCGCUCGGCCCUGUUAUUUGAUGAAGUAGCCGACCUUCUCCAAAAUGGAGCAUUGCGCAUAGCAGCUGUUGUACAACUCAUUUGAUUAUUCUAAGAGAUGCAUCAACUAAACGACAUAUAUUCUGAAACUGAAAUUUUGGGGUUCAUAUUUUUGGUCCAAGUUGGUUUCUUUGAAUGCCAAUCUUGUAUCAGUUUGAUUCAGAAGUUGUAGUUGAAUGAAGAAUAUAUAUUAUAUCCAUUGUACUUGGGAUUUAGAGUGGAAGGGGGGAAAAGGGAGGUGCGGGCGACUGCCUUCCCUUGAUGUAUGUACAUAUUGACUAUAUAUAAUUGCAGAGUAUUACCAUUAGGCAAUUAAUACA